UCUACUACGAUUAAGCGGUGGACUUGACAUGCUGCACGCUUUUGCUUUUCACGCCUCUUCGGAAAGCCCUGCUAUUUAAGCACGCCUUUGUCUCUCGCUACUCUCACUCCUCUCACUCUCAGUCUCAAGCAGCCUCUCUCACAUCCUACGGCUGCUGUGCCACUGCCAACACUUGCCAUGGAGACAGCCCAGGAAAGGGAGGUGCGGCUGCAGGGGAGGCAGGCGUGGCCUUUCCACAUGAUGGCGACCACCAGUUGCUUCGACAACUACAGCAGCAGUAGCGGCGGCGGCGGCGGCGACUGUUUCGUGCUCGGGUGGGAGCAGCCGCUGUUUGGCUGCAGCUUCGGGGUCCUCGCCGCCGCCGACGUCCACGAGCUCUUCCCCCUCUUUGCAGGCAUGGAGUCACCGUUGCCGGUGUCGUCGGCGCUGGCCGUCCCCCCGCCGCCGGCGCAGGACGCGGUGGCGAUGCCCGAGGAGCUGGACGAUCUUCUCCUGGAUUUCUGGGACGCGAGCUGCCACGACGGCGACGUGGACGAGCGGCAGGUGCAGGUCGCUUUCAAUUCCAGCUGCUUCAUGCAGCACGAGAAGAGCUGCACCGCCACCGCCACCGCCACCACCAACUCCUCCUUCCACUAUGAUGAUGACCCCUUGAGCUCCAUUUUCUCGGCGGGGCCUGCGGUGCCAGACCAAGCCCUGCUCCAGGCCCCGGCGGAGCCCCUCAGCUCGUCCUCGUCCAACUGCCACGCGGACCCACACGUCGGGGACUCGAGCGGGACCCCCGCUGCCACGCCGAGUGCCGCGCGGGCCCCGCCGAUGCCGAGGAGCUCCUCCUCGCUGAAACGCUCGACACGCGAAGGUGCGGGCCUCGUCUUGUCACGGCGCGCACGCGCGCACAGUUUCGUUCGCGCCAACCAUGCUGCUCGUGCUAACCGACGCCGUCGUUGGUCUUUGCGCAGAGGAGUCGGAUCAGGCGGAGUGCAGCCAGAGCGACGGCAAGCGGAGGAAGACCGAGUCGCCGUCGCCGUCGCCGGCGACAGGGGUGGUGUGCCCGUUCGCGCUGCUGAAGCCCGACGGGCUGGACGGCGGCGCGACGCUGGCGGACAUCAACGCGCGCAUCCUCAUGCGCCCCGCGCGGCCCGUGCGGCACCCCGUGGGCGAGUUCGCGUGCGCGCCGCGCGUGUCCGCGGACCAGCCGGGCAUCUCGGGCAAGGCCGUCUCCAGCUUCACCCGGCUGCACACCCCCGGCCGCGGCACCAUAACCAUCAUAAGAACGCGAGGCUGACACGACUACAUGUGUCAUGUGUUCGUCCAAGUAUCUAGUAGCUUUAGUACUCAUGAAGAUGUACAUUAUUAGCCUGGCUAAGUGAUUAGAUCUCCAAGUUCCAAUGCCAUCCAUGUAAUUACAUGCUUACCCUUUGAUUACUAUACCACUUAUAUUAAUAA